AUGGCUUUUAGAUCAACUGGUUACUGGAAAUGGUUGACAAGUCGGUUAAGAGGAAAUGCACAUGCAACAUCAACCUCGCCAAAAAGGCAGGUGUAUGCAGGUCCAGCAGCUGAUUUUGGCCAUCUUGAUCUUGUUGAAGAGCUGCUGAAAGCACCAAAUGUUCGUGUCAAAAAGAAGUUAAGGGAAACAAUUCCUGAAGUAGUGGUACCAGAUAAAGUGGUUGACGAGGGCAAGAAAUUCGUUGAGAAAUCCUUCUACAGGAAGGCAGCUCACGUUCAGGAGUUUGAGAUUGGUAUUCAGUACAUGCCUAAUCCCAUUUGCAAAGAUGUUUACGCUCACCCUCUCAAAGCAGAGACACUAAAAUCUGUGGGAAGAGAACCUCAGCAGCUUUGA